CUUUGGAAACAGGCAUGCAGACAGUCGACCACUGCAAAGUGUUGAGCGCGGGACAGACUGGCUUCAGCCCACACCACCACUCUUCAUCUGUGCAAGAGAAGACCCCAGACCUCUGCUGUGAGGCGCUCUCACUCAUCCCAACCAAUAAUGUGAAGAUCAGACGGAAACGUUUGUCAGAUGUUUAAACUCAUUGUCGCUUCAUUGUACUUCAGUGCCGUCUAUAUUCAACACUGUCACACAGUUUGCAGUCAGGCUUCAGAAGGCUAUCCACGAGGAUACCUGGUGUGAGAUGCGGCAAUGUCCCGAGGAAUAUGCCCACGCGUGAACUCUUGUGGAACGUUUUGGAUUUUGUCAGCGGUCAUAUUUGCGGUGAAUGUGAUCGAUGUGGACGCGUACAGCUGUCAUGAAGUGAGGACCGCUUUCCAGCUGCGGCAGGUCGGGCCGCUGCACCGCGUACCGGAGACACCUGGCACAGAUGUGGAUCUGUUGAUUUGUAAGCACCAGGGUCCAUCCUGCUGCACCCGGAAAAUGGAGGAGAGCUACCAGUUUGCCGUAAAACGAGAAACCCUCCACAACAUUCACUCCUACAGCUAUGAGCUUGAGCACCUCAUCUCCGGCCACUCGGAUGCCUUCCAGGACAUGUUCCAGUACCUACUGUCCUUCUCUCAGGGCCACCUGAGUUCUCUGUUGGAAGGAACCUACUCAUCCCUGUCCCGCCAUGCCCUACCCCAUGUUAAUCAACUCUUCUCUUCACUCUCGCUCUACCUCCGUGGGGCCAACGUGUCUGUGGAGGCAGCAGUUCACCAGUUUUUUAACAACCUCUUCCCACUCGUCUACACACGGCUCAUCAAUCCAGGUAUUGAAGGCAGCAUGAUGGUGGGCAGCGAAAUGGCUGACUGUCUCCGUAUGAUCAGACAGGAUGUCAAUCCUUUUGGGCGUCAUCCAGCUGUCAUGGCCCAGGAGCUGGCUGGGGCACUGGGAGCCGGGCGACAACUGGGUCUGGCCCUGGAGGAGGGCGUGGAGGUGAUGAAUGCCACCGAACAUGUCAGCCUGAGCAAAGAGUGUGUGAAGGGCCUGGUCAAGAUGGUGUACUGCUCCCACUGCAGAGGCUUGACGCUGAUCAAACCCUGUGUGGGCUACUGUCUGAAUGUAAUGCGAGGCUGCUUGGCCAGCGUGUCGGAGCUGGAUCAGCCUUGGAGGAGGUAUACCAGUUUAUUGGAGCAGCUAACCCACGCCAUGGCCGGACACCAUAGCCUGGAACUAGCCCUGCUGGGGGUCAGGGGGCAUGUUAAUGAGGCCUUGCUCUACGCGCAGCUCCACGGUCCACUCAUCACUGCCACAGUGGACAAGGUGUGUGGCCUGUCUACUGGAGAGCCUACAGAUAUGCAGCCUACAAUCCCAGAGGUCACAGCCUUUACCAUGACCUCAUCGUCUCCUCCUCCAUCUCCCACCCCCUCCCAGCCUUUACCAGAGCAGUGGCUGGGGCAGCUCGCCCACUUGAGGAGCUCGUUCCCCCUGAAACCCUCCAAGAACAAUAAACAUAGUCUGAGAACGCUCUCUAGGGAGUUCUUGACGUACCUGCAGCGCUACAAGUCUUUCUUUGCAGCGUUGCCAGAGAUGCUGUGUGAAGGGGAGAAUGUAGUGGACGACUCCACAUGCUGGAGCGGAGAUGAUGUGGUGGAGAGCUAUUCUGGCAGAGUUGUAGGAAAUGGUCUGCACGCCCAGAGGCAAAACCCAGAGGUCAAAGUUCGCAGUCCGGACCCUACGCUGACUGAGGUCAAGGAGAGGUUGGAUCGCUUUAACCAGGAGACGCAGGAGAGGUUUCCGAAACUGGGCCAGAUAGAGCCCUGGGAUGAGCUGGGCAGCGGGGAAACAGAGGAGGGCAGCACCACAGACUGUGACGAUGAAGAUGGAUGUCAAGCCUCAGGAGAUGGUCCAGAAAAGACCUCACAUACAGACGCCUCCAGUGAAGGAAAGUCCAUUGGAAGACCGCCUGGAAGUGACAGCCCACACGAGAACCCUUCCAAGCCCCCCUCGGUGAGGGUGAGAGGGGGCUCGCCAUCUGCCAGCUGGGCACGACCCUGGAGCCUCGCACUGCUCUUUGCUGCACUUUGCUUGCAGUGGACCCUAUUCUGAUGCCAGCACCGUCUGUGAAUCCACCCUCCCCUCACUCACCCCUUUAGGAAACAUGUACAUGCAGACAGACACUUAUAUCAUAUAAAUCACACAUAGCAUCCUUACUCCUGUCCUCAACCUGCGUGGAUGGAUGGUAAUGAUGGAAAAAGAAAAAUGGAAGAUGAGAUGGAUACUGAAGAGAGGGGGACAACAUUGUAGGAGACUGUAGAUGGGGAGGGGCUCUUGCAGGAACUUCUUGUCCUGCAGCAUCACCAACGUGGAUGAUUGCACAAGCUGAUCCCAUGCACGUUCAUCUACAAAGAUUAUGCCUGCUGCUUCCACUAGGCUGUUCUGGGGACUAGAUGUGUAUGUGUGUGUGUGUGUGUGCGUGUGUAUACAGACACCAGUAUAGCCCUGCAGCUUCUUGCUCCACUCACAAACACACGCUUUGUAGUUCAGAACAGGACUUCUUCAUUCUGAUUUUACUUAAAAACACUUACACAUUUACAGACUCACUUACACGCUUUUUAAAUAUACAAAUAACAGCUGUCUUCUUUUUCUGCUGCUGGAUUUUACUUCUCCUUUCAGGCUAAAAAAACCUCAUCGUCGCCAUUUGCCAGCAAGACAGACGGAUUCAGCUCAUUUGAAAACUCGACUCAUUUUCUUUUUGAGGAUUAAGGAAUGCAUGAUAGAUUGAUAGAUCAAUCCCAGGUGCCUGGCCCAGAGCAGCAGAUUUGAUAUUCUCUAAUGACUGUGUACCUUGGCAGGGAUUAGAACGUAAUGAGUUCACAGGUAGAGCACGGGCACACUUGCACGGCUGAACACACUGUGCACACAAAAUAGGUGUUUAUAGUAUGUAACUGUAUAUAGGUGGAAAGUUUCGAUGGAGUGUAUGAGGUUCUGAUUCUACAAAAAGCUCUUAACUGAUUUAGCUGAAUGGGUUUUUCUUUUCAACCAGCUAUGAAUGGACUAUGCUUGUCUGCUCUAUACUACAUAGAAAACAAUGCCAAAAAAAAAACAAAAAACAUAGAGAUUUGAUUUCUAUAACAAAUAAAGCAGGAAUGUACAUCAUUUUCCAACUCAAGCCCAUGACAUAAAUGGACAAAUUUGAACAAAGUCUGUACAUUGUUGAUUUUACUAAUAUUUAUCGUGCAUCCGGUUUUGUGUGUUUGCUCGUUGAAUUGCACAUUAAUGCAUGUAUAACCUAUCAGGUCCUCAAAAUUAUUAUAAUGGGAUUAGGCCCUUCCUCAGACAGCAUAAAAACACAUAUUUUAAAACCUUUUACCCAUUAAUUUUCAGUGAUGAUGGUUUGGAAUUUGAAAAUAAGGGUAAGGUUGGAUGCAGAUUCAAAUACAAUUUAAAAAAAAACAAAACAAAACAUAUAGAGUAUUUUUACAGUGCUGGGUGCAUCUAAUGUUUGAUCCAUUACAGUGGCAGCCAUUGUGUAAGUCCCAUUUUAUCAUGUAUUUUAUCCUGUAUUAGACUUGUUUUUUCUUGAACAUCAUUCAGGAAACCUAAAUAAGCUCAAAUUCCUGCAGACCAUUCCUUGGAAUUCCAACAGUUAAAGAGCAAAUCCUUAUUUGUUAUAAAUGAUUCCUUGUGGGGAUGGAACAAAAAGGGAAGUUCAACUAAAAAAAAAAAAAAACAGACUGUGUGACUUCUACAAUGGCUUCCUCUGUAUUCUUGUUUUCUUUCUUGUGUAGAUGAGGAUUUUGUAUGCACAGAUACUGGUACAGCAGAGUACCUGUGUGAAUGAGGAUGAUGAAUGUAUGGUCAUUGCUAUGCAGAUGCAACAUUAAAGCUAACUAUGCCCAAUGUAAAAGCUAUACAGAUACAGUAUCUAAGCUAAAUAGGUCUACACACUUACAGGUUGACAUGGGUCUAUGAGAAGUGAUAUACCUCUUAUGUUAACUAGCUUUUAGUGUAAACAACUCUUCCUGUCUCUACUGAAAAGUAAUUCACCUUUAACUCUGCCUAACAGUGCAAAAAGGAUGACCUGCUUAACUAAACGCAAAUACAUACAAUUAUACUUUUAAAGCCUGCAGUUAAUGACAAAAUGACAAUGACUACAGCUAUAUGAGGUUUCGGCAAUUUUAAUGUGUCACAUUUUGUGUCCUGUAACCAUGUUUGUUUAGUUCAUAUGAUUUCUUCCAUGUAUGUUUUGUUCCAGACUGGCGUUCAUUGCACCCACAGAUCACUUACAACCCUAUACCCUCGCAUGUGUAUAAAUGUACAUAUUUUAAGUCACUUGCCAUUUGUUUUGUGUCUCAUUUCCUCUCUGUUGUAUCAGUAUGAUACAGUGUAGCUGAGCUCUAUUAAAGGUGCUCUGCUUUUUU